GCUAUUUAACUCCAUCAGACAACACACUCGCAUCACAGCCAGCACAGACAGAACAGCAGCAGAAUAAUGAAGACUCUGGUUCUGGCCCUUGUUCUGCUCCUAGCAGUCAGCAGUUUUGCACUGGACUGCAAUCGCUGUGUUCCGACGAAACCAGGAGGAACGUGUACUGUUACAACAGAAACCUGCCCACCUGAGAAAGAUGCAUGCGCAGCAACCAAGUUCCUCACUCCCCCCUAUGCCUACUACCAGAAGUGCAUGAGGAUGUCUGACUGUGAGAUGCUGCAGACCAAUGGCUACAUCAACAUCAAGUGCUGCCAGAAGGAUCUCUGCAAUGUCUUCUAGAACCAUCUAGAUUCGCCCAGGUUCCAAAGGAACAUUUCAGCCCCUUCUGUCCCCUAUCUAGAUCCCCUCUAGAAUCUUCAACAAGCUGCAGUUCCAAACAAAACAUUUCAGACCUUUCUGUUCCCACCAGGAUCACCUCAGAGACCACAGCUGCAUCAAAGACCUGGUUCUAGCUAGGACAAGACAAGACCCUGAGUCCUGUUUAGUAAACAAUGACAUUUAGUCUCCUUUAACUGAAUGUGAAGCCACUUUGCAAGCUUUAUUUCAAAAUAAAAUCUUACCAUAAAAUAUAA